AUGUCCGAACCACGAAAGGUAGCACUAAUAACAGGAGCCACAGGCGGUAUCGGUCGCGCAACCGCCAUCGCUUUCGCGAAGACGGGACGGUACGAUCUCGCCUUACAUUAUAGCAAUGCUAGCCAGGAAACUCGGGAUGAAAUCCAGAAUACCAUCCUCGCUCUCGCCCCUUCGCCUGAUCCAGAUACGGGUGCUACCAGGACUGGACAGACGAGGGUCGAGUUCUUCCGGGCAGAUAUGGGGGGUUAUGCUUCCGUGCGGGAACUGCAUUCAGAUGUUGCGAAGGUGUUCGGGAAAGUGGACGUGUUAUUCAACAACGCCGGAUCGACACUAGGAUACCAAGGCGUCAAGAAUCUAGCGGACAUACCAAUAGGAAUCUUCGAAUCCACCUGGCGCGUCAACACCGGCUCCGCUAUCCUUUUGACUCAACUCUGUCUCCCAGCUAUGGAAGAACAGGGCUGGGGCCGAGUGGUCUUCGAUUCAAGUGUUGCGGCUUUUACGGGUGGGAGUGUAGGACCUCAUUAUGCGAGUAGUAAGGCCGCGCAACAUGGGUUCGUGCAUUGGUUGGCGGGGAACGUGGCGAGGAAGGGGGUCACGGUCAAUGCGGUUGCGCCGGCGCUGGUGACGGGGACGGGGAUGAUGGGACAGGAGGAUGGGGAGAAGGCAAAGGCUAUGGGAGAGCGAUUACCGGUGGGAAGGACUGGGAGGCCGGAGGAGAUUGCUAAUACAGUAUUGUGGAUGGUGGAGACGGCUUAUUUGACUAACAAGGUUAUAACUGUUGAUGGAGGGAUGUAUCCGUACUGA